AGAACUCGCGGAACGAAGCGAGCUACUUCUCAAAAUGUACUCUUAAAUGUGUACAUUUCAAGAAAGAGAAGUGUUCGUCUUGUGUUAUCAAGGCAUAUACAAUGGACGUUGUGGACUUGUGACUCGAAAUGAUAAGACUCUUGUUUUGAAAAGCGGAAGCGUAGGAGAGAGACUUUGAGGAAAUCGACGCUUGCGUAGGGAUAACGCAUGCUAACCAGUAAUAUUCAACAAUAUAUUUUAAUGUUAUUCUAUUAGGACAAAGGAAAAUAUUUUACGAAUCAUUGGACAUUCUUCAAAAUCAAGUGGGGAAAAUGAACAAUUCUGGCUUGCCUCUCUCGCUGCUCCACCUCCUGGUCCCGCCGCUGCAGCUCCGCUCUGCUGCAAUGUGGCAACUUGCAAAACAGAAAGAUGUGAUGAAUUACCAUAAACUCCAAGAGUUUGUGUCCAUGCUGACUGAGGCAAUGCCUGGACUGAUGAACCACAAACAGGCGGCCCAGCUUAUUCUGGGUCUCAGAGCCCGUUUGAUCCUGGAGCUGUGCAAAGGUUCUGUCCGAGGUUCUGUUGACUUGCAAACAGUCCAGACGCAUUUAGAAAAACUCCCGCUACAAUCAAAUCACAGCGAUGCAGAGGUGAAAGCAGCAGAGUCCACAUUCGUCGCCCUGGUUCAGAGCCUCCUUAAAGAUCCAGCUGAGCGAGCGUACUUCUUCCAGGAGGUCUUCCCUAUGGAGUACGGACCAAAGUAUGACGCUGCUCUUCAUGUGUUGCUAUGGGAGCUGCUCUCCAAGCUGGAGAAGCUGCUUCCAAUACCAGACCUCAAACAGACUACAGACUGGUUGGGCUCAACUUCUGUCUUAUUGGAUGAAUGUGUCCAGUCCACGACAGAAGAACUGAGCUUGAUCUUUGAGCACUGUAGGACUUCUGCACUACUUAAAAUGGCAGACAGCACCUCCACCACUCUUGGCAGCUGCAUCAUAUCCGCUCUAUCAAUCCCGCCCUCCGACAAAGCGAACAUCUCAGUCGGGCCUGAGUUAGUCCACAACUACGCAAACAUCGUUGGGGCCGACCAGUACAGCGUGGUGACGGUCUUCACAGAGGUGGACGUCGGGGUGUUGGACGUACCGACCGAAGUUCAGACGGGUUUCUACGAGGAAGAAGUGGCACCCGUCAAUGCUGAGGAGUCCGCAGCAGAGACCGUGGACGUCGCCACAGCCCUGGAGACUCUGGAAAUGGAGAGUCUGGAAAACGAUGAAGGUGCCUUUGAAGAUCAAGAAAGGAAUGUUCUGGAUGAGGCGAAAGAUGAUGUCCAAGCUGGCGAUGUGAGAUAUUGCACUGAAGUGAAGGAGGCUGCUGUUGAAGAUGAAAUGACACACUCCUCCGCUGAACUUCCUCCUGACUCAUCUGACUGGAAGAGCAUCCAAGCUGGCCAAGGAGCCACCUCGUGCGUAAUCGCCGUCAAAGGAAGCGACAAAGGACAUUCCGAUGAGAUGACCUCCAUUAUCUUCACAUGCUCGCAGUGUCCCUUCCACCAAUCAGAAGACAACAGUCCUCCCCACUUCCAUAUGCAGAGUGUUGACACUGAGGAAUACCGCAAGCUCUCAGGAACCAACUUGACUCCAACUCCCUCAGACACAGAUGAGAUUUUUACAUCCAUUAAACUUUUUCCACAAGGAGGCGCAGAGCAGCUUGAAAGUGCCGGUAAAGACGAGUCUGUGACUUCCGCUCAGGCUCCAAGCAGACUGACGUGCGAGACGUGCGGCAGAACCUUCACGCGUACAUCUGACGUCAGGCGACACCAGCUUACCCACACGGGCGAGCGGCCCUUCCGCUGCUCGCAGUGCGACCGCACCUUCCAGCACUCGUGGGAUCUGGCCAAGCACCAGAGCAAGUCGCACGCCGCCGCGGUCUCCUUCACCUGCCCGCCGUGCCGCACCACCUUCGCCAACCUGCGCGCGCUGACCGCCCACCACAAGAGGUGCCAUUCAGGCGAGAGCCGCCUUCCGCACAUCUGCUCCAUCUGCAGCCGCAGCUUCGCCUCCACCGCCGAGCUUCUGGAGCACAGGACGUCACACGUGGCCCCCAAGCGCUACGUCUGCCCGCAGUGUGGCGAGUGGUUCGACUCGCUUCUGGCGCGCUCUCUACACCGGCAGACGCAUCUGGUCAAGCACCAUUUCAAGUGCCCGCACUGCGAGAAGACAUACACGCGACGGUCGGACGUAAAGAGGCACCUGUCCACGCACACGGGGGAGCGUCCUCACAAGUGCGGCCAGUGCGGCAAACAGUUCUCGCUGCACUUCAUGCUGGUGAAGCACCUCCGUAUCCACACGGGCGAGCGGCCGUUCCCGUGCUCGCACUGCUCCAAGAGGUUCACCCUGGCAUCCGUGCUGACCCGACAUGAGAGGAUGCACACGGGGGAGAAGCCCUUCCUGUGUUCCCAGUGCGGGAAGGCCUUCUUGUCCCAAGGGGAGCUCUCCAAACAUCACAGGUCGCACGUGGAGGACAAGCCCUAUGCCUGCUCGCAAUGCGGCAAACGCUUCAAGAGCAAGAAGACCCAGCAGGAGCACGUGGUCUCUCACACCGGCAUCCGCCCAUACCCCUGCACCUACUGCGGCAAGGGCUUCGCCAAACCCUACGCGCUGACCCGACACCACCUCAUGCACACGGGAGAGAGACCCUUUCCUUGCAGCUACUGCGACAAGACCUUCCUCACCCUCAGCGAGGCUCAGCUGCAUCAACGCGUCCACACGGGCGAGAAGCCGUACGCCUGCGGCACCUGCCCGCUCAAGUUCAAGAGCUCGUCGGAGCUGGCGUGGCACAAGCGCAGCCACGCGGGUAUGAAGCGGCUGAGGCCAAAGUGCGGGACGUGUAAGAAGAGCUUCUCGUCCAAGGCCAAACUCAAUAAACACAUGGAGACGCACGGCGAAGAACUAACGGCUGAAUGAGCACAUACUCAAUCAAUGCUCAGGCUUUGUUCACACUGCAGGUCAAUUACGAUUUUGAAAGUAGGGCUGCACGAUUAAUUGAAAUCGAUUCGACAUCGAGGUUUUAAUAAGUGCGGUAAAUAAUCGCAAGAGACUGAGGUUUUUUUUUUCAUCCGCCGUCGCCAGCUUUUGGGUGACAGACAUGUUCGCCAAUCAGAAUUGCUGAGCCUUGGGUUUGUUCAUCUCUCGCUUCAAAAAGGAAGAAAGUCGUCUUACUUUGUGCAUCGAUCUUAGCUCCUGAGCACAUUUAUUUAACAGUGGAAUCAACUGUACAGAGUGACCCCUCCUUUCACUCAUUCACAAUCUUUGUCUCGGCGGAGCCAGAGACUAGAGCGGGACGCUGCCGCCAACACACACACACACACAGUACAGAGAGCCUUGCCACGCGCCAGUGAGAAGUUUUGUGAAGUAACACAAAUUAGGAGGAAAAAAAUCAGAUUAUAAAGCCAAAUGUUCCGUUGUGAGAAUAUUUCAGCUUCAAAUCAGAUGGGUGAUAUGAGCCCAUCAACAUGGACGAACGAGCAAAAAUGCCAUGAUCACGUGAUAGCAAUAAACAAAAAGGCAACAUCCGACCUAAUUUUUCCUACUAGGUUAAAUUUUUUCUUAUGGGAAAUUAGUCCUUUUUUUUUUUUUUUUUUUUAAUUUAGGAUAAGAAAUGUAUUUACCUUCCAAUUACAAUACAAUGGUAAACAAUUCUACAGUAAUGAGAAAUAAAAGUUGAUGUGGGCUCUGUACCGAGGAUGUCGUUGUGGCUUGUGCAGCCCUUUGAGACACUUGUGAUUUAGGGCUAUAUAAAUAAACAUUGAUUGAUUAAUUGAUAUCCUUUUAAAUGAAUAUUUGCAUUAAUAAUAAUAAGCGAUAGAAAAUGGAUGGAUGGAUGGAUUACAUUACAUUACAUUAUAAAAACUGUAUAGUUUUUGUGAAUUAUUUCUUCAGUUAAAGGGCAUGAUGUAGACAAAAGCUCUGAGUGCAUGAACCCAAAUAUUUUUUGAAGUACAUUAUUGCAUAUUGUUGAGACAAGAAUAUGUUGAUUGACAGUCUAAAAGUCACACGUCUUCCUUCACUCGUUAUUUCCGCAGUUUUAUGAAUUUUUAUGCAUGAAAUAUAAAAUUUGCAAAUAGAAUCGCAAUUGCAAUUUUGGAGAGAGAAAUCGCAAUUUCUUUUUUCUCAAAAUCGUGCAGCCCGGGUAAAAAGUUAAAUUCAACUUUUUUCAAGUCUGACUCAGGUUUCUUUUGUAUGUGGAUCAAACAGAGCAGGUACAAUUGCAAUCUGAACGAUCGAGUCGCUAUCAUCCGACUCAUACGUCAUCAAAAAGCGACACACGUCAUAAUUAUCUACCAAAAUAGAACUAGUGGACGAAUGAGCAGAAAACAAGCAAAAAAUUUAAUGUUUUAGAACUCACAUCGAUGUCCCAACACUUUUGCCUUUGACUGCUCACCCACACUGCCCAGGACAGACGUCGAAGCAAGUGACCCCACAAACUGCAAAAGCCAAAAUUCUUGCCUUCUUCCUUCUUAAUCUUUGCGAAAAAAUUUAGUUAAGAAAAUGUUGACUCCAGUUGCACAAAAAAAACCCCAGAGAGGACCGGCACCAAUUUGAGCCGUGUUUACUAUUGUAAACACACUGCAGUGUGUGUGACCUCAUCAGAUUUAACCAAAAAUCCAAAUUAGGCAUCAUACCCUGCAGUGUGAACAUAUCCUGAGACUAGUUUGAUCAUGUAAAAUCAUAGCAUUCUGUUCAAUUUGUAACAGGAGUCAUGUCUGACCAUUUAAUAGAUUUAUUAUGUGCAUUUUUAAAAAAACCAAAAACAACUGCUGACAUAUUCACUUACUUUCUUAGCAUAUACCUAUAAUCUUGUUUUGUAUUUGUGUUUUUUACACUUGUGUAGUAAAUGCUAACUUGCUAAAGGAACAUUCAAGUUGUCGUGAUUGUGCUAACAAGUGUAAAAUUUAGAAAAUGCGAUAUUUUGUACAUUUCCUCCCCGCCACCCUUUUAUGUUUCAGGCCUCCUUUCUCGAAGGCAGCACACUCCGCUAACUAGUUAUUUUCUGCCAGCUGCUGCAGGGGAAGAGGCUCUUAAAUCAGGCCUCUGGUAUUUGUGGAUGAAUUCCUUCAUCUUGUCCUCUACCUAAAGGAGAAGUACC